CACUACUUCACCCCUGACCCCUCGAUGCGACGGAAAGACCGCGCGGCUCGAGUCCCGGUUUGAGUGAGAAGAAAAAGCAUCAUUAUUCAUAUGAAACAGGUUAGACAUGACAACGGCAGGACACGGGUCUCACACUGGAGUAGGGCAGAAACGCUAUGAUGGGUCUCCCACCGGAGUUUCUCAGAUUGACUGUGACGGCAAAUCAAGUGACGCUGAAGAUCAGACAGAAGUACAAAAAGUCAACUUAAAAGACGCUGGUGUAAAACCCUUCAUGUGUAGGGAUUGUGGGUACCGGACAUUUCAAAAGUCUAGGUUAUUGGUACAUAUGAGAAUCCAUACUGGAGAAAAACCCUACAAGUGUGGCAAUUGUGACUAUUCUGCUGCACAGAAGCCCAAUUUGGACAAGCAUAUAGUGGCAAAGCACACGGGUGAAAAACCCUUCAAGUGUAACCAGUGCGAGUAUUCUGCAGGACAGAAAUCCCACCUUGACUAUCAUAUAGCAACACACAGUGGCAAUAAACCCUACAUGUGUGGGGAGUGUGGUUACAGAACAGUUCAAAAGUCUUGACUUAUCUCGACAUAUGAG